AUGCUUCUUUCCUCGCCGGGAACGGAGCAGGAAGACACACCCCUGACCCUGCGCUCGCCGCACGCGCGUGGGUCCUUCAUCCUCCUCAGUGUGGGCCCUCCCGGGGUCUCCGCGGCACCGCUCCCGGCCCGGCUGCGCCAGCUGGCUCAGCCCAGCCGGCAAAUUGCGUUCUCCGGCGGCCGGGCACGGCGGGGAAGGUGCGCGCAGCCCGCCGGGCAGCCGCGGGGCGGCGUGAGGGCCACGUCCCCAGCCGGUCCCGACGGACCCCGGCCUCCCGCAGGCCGCCGUCCCUCCACCGACUGCUCCGCGGGCUUCCGGGAACGGGUCUCGGCGCCGGCCCGAGGGAGCUCCUUGCCCCCGACCCACCGCCGCCCGCGCCCCCCGGUCCCCGGCACGAGCCAGGAGGCCCCUCCGGGCUUCCGUCCGGCCGGCCAGUGCCCCCACAGCCGGGCGUCCUCCACAGCCGACGGGCAAGGGGCGGGAGACGACGGCCCCGCGCCCUGCGGCCCCGAGCGGAGCGGCGCCCCGCGAGCUCGUCCAGUGGCCAACCCCGGCUGCGACCCACCGGCCACCGGCCACCGGCUACCCCCAACCCCGCCCGCCUGCGUCAGGCAGCGCCCGCUCGCGCCCGCUCCUCACCUGCGAAGCGCCCCGGCCGCAGCGCACCGCCCGGACCGGCUGUGUACACCGGAAGUGACGUCUCCGGACCGGCCCCGCCCCCGCCCCGAGCGGACGCCGGGGUGGCUGCGGACCCAGAGGCUCGGAGCGGAACCCCCCUCGCGCAGGCAGGGCGGGGGCGGCCCCCAGAACCUCCUUCCCUAG